AUGCUCGUCCUUCUGCUGUCCACGCCCGCCGGCCUGCCCGGCCGGCCCAAGCGCCCGGCUGGCCGGCGAUACGUCGACGACGCCGCCCCGCCCGCCGCCGACGGCAUCCGCCGAGUCUCGCUCGCCCGCUCGAAGCUCAUCCCGCAGCCGGUGCUCGCUCAGGCCGUCCGCGAGUCAGGCGUGCUGGGCCGGCCAGCGUCGGACCCGGCGGUGGGCGCGCUUUCCGACCGGCUCGAGCGCUGGUACCGCCGCAGCGGCUACCUCUUUGCGCGCGUCGGUAAGCGCGUCUCGCAACCGGGCGACAGCAGCCACCUUGUCCUGCUCGCCUCGGAGCCGGAGGUGGCGCGGCGGCCCGUCAAGAUCGAGUUCUUCGCGCCCGUCGCACCGGCCGUCGACGCCGACGCCGUCGCCGCUCGCCCCCCCGCUCCGCCCGCCACCCGCCGCUGGCUCGCAGAGACCGCGCUCGCCUUGGCCGCGGUGCCGCGCGAGCCUCCGACGCUCGCGGCACGAGGCGAGGCGGUGCGGUGCGGAGGGACGACCAAGGAGGAGGCGGUGGCGCGGAUGCUGGGCUUGCGGCCGGGCGAGCCGUGGCGCCUCGACGAGGCUGGCUGGCAGCGCCUCCGCUCCUCCCCCCUCUUCGCCUCUGUCGACGCCCCGCGGAUCGGCGGCGCAGAGACGGCCGAAGGCGGCGACGGCUCGCUGCAGGUGCGGCUGCAGGUGGUGGAGCAGGGCGCGCGCAAGGGUCGGCCGGCGCGCUUCCGCGCGCUCGAGCCCUCGGUCUCCCUCUCGCGCGGCUCAAUCACCGGCGAGGUGUCGCUCGAGGACCGCAACUGGCGCGGGGCCAACCAGCAGCUGUCUGCGCGCGUCGCGCGCGCCAACGCAACCGAGGUGUCGGCGCGGCUGCGUGACCCGAGCAGCGUGCGCGGGUACGAGUCUGGCGAGCUGGGCGCCGGCCUCGCCACGCUGAGCGGGUCGGUCUCGCUCGUCCUCCCGCUACCCGCCCGCGUGCCGGGUGGCCCGCCGCCGCCCGUCUCGUUCGUACUCUUUGCCGAUGCGGGGGCGCGCGACGAGGCCCUCGCUGGCCGGAAGCCCUCGGUGGCGCCGCCGGUAGGCCCGAUUCGCUUCGACGUGGCGCACAACGCGCGAGGAGAGAGGAUGACGCACGUCGGCCUCGUCGGCGACGAGUUUGGCUGA